GCCGCCCAUCGGAGACUCAUCAGUGAACGCGAGUCAUGUGUCGGAGGAAUCAUCUGUUGCUGCUGGUGUCGGUGGUCGGGGCGCUGGUAGGGGGCACUGCGGCCUUCCUCGCUACGCCCCUCAACAUGUCCGACCCUGAUAUAGCGAAUAUCCUGUGUCCGGCGGAGAUCAAAGGCGAGAACCGAGACCACGAAUGGAUCACCAACGAGGGGAUUCGACGCAACAUCCGCCAGUUCUUCCUGACCUAUCCACCGCCCACCAACCCGGACCUCACCCUGCCCGAAGACGCCUCCCUCAGCGAGCUCUUCCACCUCUACUACGGCUCCAAAGCCUCCCCCACGCGCUUCAUCAAGGCCGUCAACUCGAUCGCCAUGGCCAACGUGAACUCGGACUCCUCUCAGCAACUAAGGUACGACUCAAGCCUGCACGGUGACGGGGAGCGGCUGAGCGUCAUGCAGGAGAAGCUCACUGUGCGCUACCCGCAGAUCCUGUCCUCCAUCCUGAUCGAAGAGUCCUAUUCCGCCGCGCGCUCCCUCCUCGGCUCCUCGCUCCACUCCAUCCAGGACUUCUACUCCCACUCCACCUGGGUCGAGCAAGGCAACACGGGCAUUUACAUGACUCUGGGUCUCCCCGGCUACUCCAUUAGCAACCCGGCGGAGACCGAGCAGGUGUGCACGUCCUGCGCCUCCCCACAGGGCGAGUGUUACGACAACGUGGUGAGCGGCGCGACGGUCACCACUGGCUACUACACGUACGAAACAGAGAUGGGGAGCGACUACAUCGUGUCCAAGCCUUCCAACGGCCUGAAGUGCAGCCACGGCGGCUCUCUCGACAUCAGCUCCUUCGAGGCAGCGCUGGGGGGCAUCAACAAGGACACCGCCUCGCCCUGCUUCUCUCCGCACUACUACCUCAGCGAGCAGGCCGCCGAGCUCGCCGUGCAGGCCACACAGUACUACCUAGACAAUAUUCUCGAGGCGGUGGGUUUCGAUAAGUACAGGCGCCUCUUUGACCUGUACCUCGGCUCCGCGUUGUCCAUCUCCAUUGAUACGACGGGGUCGAUGGGUGAUGACAUUGACGCGGUAAAGGACCAAGUGACCCAGAUUGUGGAGAACUCGAGCCCCGAACUGUACGUGCUCUCUCAGUUCAACGACCCAGAAUGCGGCCCGGUGUUCAAGACGACGGACGGGAAGGAGUUUCUCGAGGAAGUGCACAAACUGUAUGCUUCCGGCGGCGGUGAUUCCCCCGAGCUGUUCUGGUGUGGGCUGCAGCUGGCCUUGGCGGAGACACCAGACUACGGGGACGUCUUCUGCUUCACGGACGCCUAUGCCAAGGACGGCGAGCGAAUGGACGGCGUGAUCAGCCAGGCACAGCGGCAGAGCAGCAAGGUAACAGUGAUCUUAAGCGACCUGCUGGCGAAGAAGGAGAACUCGGGGAAGACGCAAGGCGGCGGGGAUAUUGGCCGGGAGCCGCGGGACUUGAUCACAGACAUCUCCGGGUACGAGCGGCUGGCGGAGGCGACGGGCGGGCUCCUGAUCAGCGGCUCCAAGUUCGACGUCAGUGAUAUUGUGGGCAUCAUGGGCGGCGUGGAGACAUCGACGGUCACCAUUCUGCUGCGCGAGGUGGCGGGCGUCUCGAGUACCAAGUUCCCCGUGGAUGACACCGUCGUGGACUUUGAGCUACGUCUCGCCGGCGAGCUUUUCUCGGGGCUACUCUACGAUGAGGCAGGCAUACGCUACGACAUUAUGGACGACGUGGCACUGGCGGCGGCGGGGGUCGAAGUGGUCACCUUCACUUCCAACUUCAAGGCGCUGCGCUGGACCGCCCCGACGCUUGGGGAGUGGAGCCUCGACCUCGCCCCCAACGAGCCCACCACAAUCACCGUCCUGGCCACCUCCAGCCUGGACUUCCUCGCCACCUUCGCCAUGCUGGACCCCACGCCGCCCCACCCCCACUACCGCCCCACCGAAGGACAGCCCCUCAUGAACAUGGUUUACUACGUGGAGGUGACGCUGGUCGGCUUCCGGGAGAGCCAUGUGGCCGUGGUCUCCAAUGUGCAGUUCGUGAAUAAGGCGGGCAAGGUGCUGCGAGACAUUGACUACCCGAUGUCGGUGCGGGACCAGGCCUACCUCUGGACGGACCCGCUGCCCGAGGAAGCCUUCUACGUGCAGAUCCUCGGCUACCUCGCCUCAGGACAUCCGUGGGUGAGACAGAUGCCGGGGGAGGUAUGGCCCGUGGAGACUCUGGUGGAGCUCUACUCUACCUCGGAUGAUCUGGAGGCGCCCCCCGGAGGAAGCGCCUCAGCCAAGUUCCUGGUGGUGAACUAUGGCCUGGAGAGCUACUUCGACAUCACCGCCACUGACGACCUGGGCUUCCUGGUCAAUGUAAACCCCGUCAGGGUCUUCCUCGGCACCAACCAGACAACCCUCGUGACGGCCUACUUCGAGGUUCCCACAAGCGCCACGCACGGCCAGGUGAGCACCGCGCUGGUCACCGCCCGCAGCGCCACGCAGACGCUCUCCUACAACACCGCGCUGGCCCACUUCUUCGUCCUGCCCGCGGUCGCAGACUCCGAGCCCCCCACCUGCGUGCUGGACCACACCCCGAACUGCACGAGCUACGCCAACAACGGCCUCUGCAGCACCCGGCUCUGGGACGUGACGGCCACCCUGCAGGACCGCGACUCAGGUCUGUACGCCGUGUCCUAUGUACCUAACGGGCAGACGGUAUUGAUAUCGGACUUCACGCCGGGCACGGUGCAGGAGGUGUACGUGUUCUACAGUACGGACUGCUGCACCACGGAGCUCGACAUUCGCGGCACGGAUGCUCAGGGCAACGUGGGCAAGUGUCCCAAGGUUGACAUGGGCCCCGUGGGAGGCCUGAUCUACUACCUGGAGGUGGAGAACGCGGGCCUGACGUGGCUGGCCGUGCACUGGAACAUUAGCGAGAGCACCAUUCCCAUCUCUCACUACGAGGUGGUCAUUGAUGGCGCCACGACACACCAAGUUCCGUGCCUUGAGAGUUCCUGCUACGACCUGAUCAGCUACCUCCAGCCCUGCACCACACACCAAGUCAACGUCACGCCCAUCUUCGACUAUUCGGGCGAGAAGCUGAUUGGCAUGGGGAGGAGUACCGAGGGAACCACACUGGAGGACGAGCCCGAAACUCCAGUGAACGGGCGGGAGGUAGAUGCAACGGAGACAUCCAUCACCAUCGCUUGGGACUCCGCUAACCCAGACUGCAGCUUCGAGUACGAGGUGUGUGUCUACGAGGUGAGCGCGGACCCGGCGACGGCGACCUGCGAAAUAACGGCCGAGGUAUUCCUGACCUCGGGCGGCCUGGCGCCCUGCCACGCCUACUUCAGCGACGUGCGGGCGUUCUCCAAGUCGGGCAAGGCCAGCGACCCCCUCACCUUCUACUCCGUGACCAAGUGUACCGAGAUACCCCUCUGAGCGCCGCCCCUCCCUGCGCCGACCUUGCCCUCGUCACCUGAGUCUUCGUCCGCCAAGAUAGUUUUACCUUUUAGUCCUAUUCCUUCCUUUCCUCUUCCUCUCUUCACUAGCGUCUUCAUCUUCGUUCAGUUUUUCUUUUCGGUUUUCGCUUAGUUUUUUUCUCUUACAACAAAGGAGAAAGCUCAAGGGCACAAAAAAAGGAAACAAUAAUAAAAAAAAAGCCCGCUACUCGCUGCUCCUAAAAAUAAUCCAAAGAGGUGGACGAAAGAGGGGUCAAUUUCGGGAGGAGAGGUGUCCUGAUACCAUUACUGAAUUAUCAAUAUUCGCAAUCGUGUUAUGUGUUAAGUUCAUAUAUAGGGUAGGCGGUGGCUGAGUGGUUAGCGUGCUGGCCCCGCAUUCACCGCGCCAUGGACGACAUCGGUUCAAAUCCGGCCCGCUACCACCUGGGAUUUUUCAGUCACCGUCGAGUGGCCUAAGACUACCCACAUGCUGUCCUGAAGACCACCCAUCAACCCGGACUCUAGAAGAAACCGUCCAAGUGAAUCAAGGAUGAGUUCCGGGGGCAGCAUGAGCCAAGCAUAAAUGGCGCCACUAUAAAAAUUGCCUGCGCCAUGACGGGUUUGGGCCAACUACCAGGCCUCUGAAGAAAGCUUACCGGCGCUACAGGCGAAGACGUAAAAAAAAUAAAAAAAAUAAAAAAUAAAUAAAAA